AUGGCGAGAGCGAGACGAUCUAACGGUAUUGCGACAUCGACGGCGAUUGCGACAGCGAACCCCACUAUGGACGAUUCCGAGACGACUGGCCUGUUGAGCAAUGGCGCCCGGGGCGCUCAAGCUGAGGAUGCCUCCGAUGGCGUUUGGGAUGGUUAUAAAGACUUCGAGGGCAUGCCGUGGUGGCGCCGACCUUCUGUCUACUGGCUGCUCGGCCCCUUUGCCAUCUUCACACUUGCUUUUGGAGGCGUGAUGGUGCCGAGACUAAAUCUUAUCCUCGAUCUCGUGUGUAAACAAUACUUUGCCGACAAGAAACUCCAGAAUCCGGAUAUCGACUUCAACCCCGUGUUGCUGGGAAGCGACAACCCUCAAUGCAAGAUCCCCGAGGUCCAGAGGAACGUGGCGACCUUUAUGCUCGUCAUGAACCUUGUCACCGGCAUCUUGAGUGCUAUUGUGGCGCCGCGCAUCGGUCGCCUGUCUGACAGGUACGGCCGAACCCGCCUCAUGGCGCUGUCAUCGGUUGGUGGAGUGCUCGCCGAGAUCAUCACGGUCUUGGCUGUCCAAUUUCCGAAUUCCAUCAACUAUCGCUGGCUGCUCCUCGGCAGCGUUUUCGACGGCAUGACUGGUUCAUUCACAGCUGGAAGCAUUAUGAGUCAAUCGUACACUAGCGACUGUACGCCGCCCUCGAAGCGAGCAGUGUAUAUGGGCUACAUGCACGCAUGCUUAUUCUCCGGACUGGCAUUUGGUCCUAUCCUGGCCGGGUACUUCGCCAAGUGGACGGGCAACCUCGUUUCCAUCUUCUACGCCGUGAUAGUAUUUCAUGUUUUUUUCAUGUUGGUCGUCGGCUUUGUUAUUCCCGAAUCGCUCUCCAAGCAGAGGCAGCUGGCAGCCCGAGAGAAGUGGGAAAAGGAGCAGGAGAUGCGAGUCCAAGUGGCGAGCACUUCUUGGCUGACUACCAUCCGGACCAUCAACCCAUUCGAGCCCCUGAAGAUCCUCUGGCCAAAGGGCCCAGGUACGUCUCCCGCUCUCCGUCGCAACUUGGUGGCGCUAGCUAUCAACGACACCAUCAUCUUGGGAUCCUCCAUUGCUGCGGGUGCCGUCAUCGUCCUGUACAGCGGAUACAUUUUUGACUGGGGCAAUUUCGAGGCCUCACAGUUCGUGUCUGCGUUGUCGUUUGUCCGGGUGGUGGUACUUUUGGUCAUUUUCCCCAUCAUCAACUACUUUGGACGCACACGUCCGGCCGCACGCCGGAGGGAGGCCGGUGAGAUGGUAUCAGAAAAGCAUACAGGAGCGGACAACCUCGAUGUAUGGAUUCUCCGAGUUGCUCUGGUAUCCGACGUCUUGGGAUCUAUUGGAUACGCAAUGGCUAAGUCGGACCGUGUCUUUUUUGCAUGCGGUAUGGUGACGGCCUUCGGCGGGCUCGGCGGUGCUACCUGCCAGGCCAUGGUAACCAAGCAUGUGCCAGCCCAACGGGUUGGCCAACUUCUUGGCGCCGUUGGCAUGCUUCAGGCCUUGGCCAGGGUGCUUGGCCCCGUCUUGUUCAACGGACUGUAUGCUGCAACGGUCGGGUUCUUCCCCCAGGCCAUCUUUGUGCUGUUGACAUUCAUAUUUUGCGUCGCCUUGACGUCGAGCCUCAUCCUGAAGCCUCAUGUUCAUUGGGAAGAGGAGCCCGAGGAGGAGCGAGAGCCACUGAAUCCCGGACCGGAUCUCGUCGACGAUGAAGACCAGAUCCGCUUUUUGUAA